GAGUUUUGAGAAGAGAUAUUAAAAAGAGAGCUUAAGACAAGUGAAGUCUAAAUGUUGACGGGGAUUCGAUCGCCAAUAUAAAACAACAGUUUUGCUUACACAAUUAAAAUUAAACUCAUCUGUCUUUUUAGGUUGAUACCAAACCGCCAUGGCUCCGAUCCACGUGGUGGCGAUGCCGUACCCUGGCCGCGGCCACAUCAACCCCAUGCUCAGCCUCUGCGCCGCCGUGGCCGACCGGAGCUCCGACGUGCACAUAACCGUCGUCCUAACGGAGGAGUGGCUCGGCUUGCUCCAUUCCAUGGAGAAACCGCCCAACGUGGCCUUCGCCGCCAUCCCCAACGUCGUGCCGUCGGAGAAGGUCCGCGGCGACGACCUCCAGGCCUUCUUCGUGGCGGUUCUCACUAAAAUGCAGGCGCCGUUCGAGCAGCUCCUCGAUGGCGGAUCGCUGCCGCCGCCGGAUUUCAUUAUAGGCGACGCGUUUCUGUCGUGGGUCUUUGAAGUCGCCGGCCAAAGGAAUAUUCCGUCGGCUCACCUGUGGACCAUGUCGGCGGCGGUGUACACUGUGUUUUACCACUUUGACCUUCUGGUGCAGAACGGCCACUACCCCCUCGAUUUGUCAGCUAACGAAGAAGCCAUAGUGGACUAUAUUCCCGGGCUCCCACCAGUUGGUGUUGCUGAUCUUCCAUUACUCAUUCGAGACCAAGAAUCCCUGCCUAAACUCAUGCAAUUAUUUCCCAAUGAUUCCAACACAAAACAUCUAAUUUUCACAUCUUUCUACGAACUAGAAGCCCAAGUUAUCGAUGCUCUCAAGCAAAAAUCUUCAAUGUCAAUCUACACCAUCGGCCCCGCCUCUAUAUAUUCGAGGCUAAGAGACAUCAAAACGAGCUCCACUAAUGAUUACUUGAGAUGGCUAGACCAUCAGCCACCGAGCUCGGUUUUGUACAUCUCACUAGGCAGUUUCUUGCACAUCCCUGCAGCCCAGAUGGACGAGAUCGCUUCUGGGCUGCAGGGGAGUGGUGUAAGAUUCUUGUGGGUGGCUAGACGAGACGCCUCUCGUUUGCAGGAGACAUCCGGGAAUGAGGGCCUAGUGGUGGAGUGGUGCGACCAGCUGAGGGUGCUGGCCCACCCUUCCGUGGGGGGUUUCUUGACGCACUGUGGAUGGAACUCGACUAAAGAAGCACUGCUAGCUGGCGUGCCAGUGCUUUCUUUUCCUUUGAUAAUGGAUCAGUCGUCCAAUGCGAAGGCGAUUGUCGAGGAUUGGAGAGUUGGAUGGAGGUUCUCCGAGAGGGCCGGGUUUGAUUUGAGAAAUUUGAAGAGGGAUGAAAUUGCUAAGACUUUGAAAGGGUUUAUGGAUUUGGAGAGUGUGGAGAGGAAAGAGCUUAGCCGAAAUGCUAGGGAAUUGCGGAAGAUAUGCGAGAAAGAAUUUGGAGAAGGAGAGUCGCACCAAACCAAUCUUGAUCACUUUGUUAGAUUAAUCAAAUCUUGAUUCACCAAUUAAUUUAUGCAUGCAGCGAUAAUUGUGUAUCAUAUAAGAUUUUAUAUAUGUCGCACAAUUUCUUGUGUUUUAGGGAUAUGCAUGGUUUUUACCCUGCUCUACUGACUUUAUCAAGAGAGAUUAUUCCUUUUGGCUAAAA